AUGCCAAUUGGAAAAAUGAUACUACAGGCAGAUGAUACGAAAAAGGAAACAUCAAUUGAAGUAAAUAAUAUUGAACAGCAAUAUGAAUGUCGUGGCAUGUGUGCAAUAAGAAGGGCACCGGAGUACUGGACCACAUUGGGAAGUUCCAAAACAAGAACCAGUGAACAAGCCAUUGAAGGACAAAGACUUAUAAGACAACAAUUAGAAGAACUUCCUUCAAAUACAACAGUGGCAUUCACAGAUGGCUCAUGCAUGGGAAAUCCUGGGCCUUGUACAUGUGGUGCAGGAGCCAUUAUAUACAAUAAUGAAGAGGAGGAAACAAUACAGUACCCUGUAUCAAACAGAGGAUCAAUACUACUAGCAGAACUAGUAGCCAUUAAACUUGUGCUGGAAAAAAUAGACAAUUAUAAUUACCGCAAUGUUAAACAACUUAACAUAUACUCUGACAGCCAAUCCGCCAUAGGCAUUAUAACCUUAAAUUGGAAAUCAGAAAAUUAUCACAAAACCAUACAAGAAAUCAAAAACAGGAAAAUAAAAUUGGAACAAAAAGGUUUUAGUAUCAACAUCAUUUGGACACCGGGGCACUCUGAUAUAGAGGGAAAUGAACAGGCUGACGUCUAG